CCAUCGCAUGGAUCACGGCAACAGUGUCGGUGAAGUGAAUCCGUGCCACGCUCGACCAUGGAGCUAGUGCGCAACGUCCUACCUCAGAGACUAUCACGAUACGUCACUCUCGGCUCCGAGCUGCUGGCCCUGCUCCAGGAGAGAUAUGGGGAUCAUAUUGACUUUUGCAUCGCACACGAGAACGACCGCUGGUACUUUGACUGCCCAGAGCAACUUGAAGAGGUAAGGAGGGAGAUUGUCACACAGAUUGCUGACCGGCGCGAUGCUGCUCGGGAGGCUGCAAGGAGAGAACGGAGGCGGAGAGAGCGGCGGAAAGGAGGCGGCACAUCGAGCCGAAGAUAAGCGCUUGUCGGGCGUUGUGUAUCCAUUGUGGCAGCCAUCUCUGCAGCCUCGUGGAGUGGGCGAAUUGAAAUGGAAAGCGAAAUGAAGAGGGUGUGGACAAGACUGGUCAGGCGGCGGUGAAUGCAACCCAAGCAUAUUUCCUCCCUCCUUCGGAUAAAGGGGGCACG